CUCUCCCAUCCUAACCAACAUGGCCGCUAAGUCGGAUGGAGCAGCGGUGUCUGUGGAGGAUGACAUCCCGCCCAGGAGCGCGUCGGAGUCGGGGCUCCCCGCCGCCCGGCCCCGCUGCUCGGCGGCGGCCGCGGCGGCGGCGGGCGGCGGGAAGCCGUACACGCUGCUGGACUGCUGCUGGGUGCUCUGCGCCCUGCUCGUCUUCUUCUCCGACGGCGCCACCGACCUGUGGCUGGCCGCCGACUACUACCUGAGGGGCGACUACUGGUGGUUCGGCUUGACGCUGGUCUUCGUCGUGGUGCCCUCCGCGGUCGUGCAGGUGCUCAGCUUCCGCUGGUUCGUGUACGACUACUCGGAGCUGAGCGGCGGGGGAGACGGAGCGGGGAGCGGCGCGGAAGGAGCGGCGGCGACGGGCGACGGCGCGUUCAGCACCAAGGACAGCGACAGCGCGGCGACGGGCAACGCGGCGAACGCGACGCCGCUGUACACGACCUCCGUCCCGGCCGCCGCGGCGGACAGAGCCGGCGGCCCCCGGAGGUGCUGCACCGUGUGCAUGUGGGUCUUCCAGACCGUGCUGCACGUCCUCCAGCUGGGGCAGGUCUGGAGGUACAUCCACGCCCUGUACCUGGGCGCCCAGAGCCGCUGGCACAGCAGCGGGCCCCGCCGCCACUUCCACUGGCGGCUGAUGUUCGAGAGCGCGGACAUCACCAUGCUCCGCCUCCUGGAGGCCUUCCUCAAGUCGGCGCCGCAGCUCGUCCUGCAGCUGAGCAUCAUGAUCCACGGGAACGCCGUCCUGCCGCUGCAAGGUCUGUCGGCCUCGGCCUCCCUGGUCUCGCUGGCCUGGAUGAUCGCCUCCUACCAGAAGGUUCUCCGGGACUCGCGCGACGACAAGCUGCCGAUGUCCUACAAGGCGGUGAUCGCCCAGAUGCUGUGGCACUUCUUCACCAUCGGGGCCAGGACGGUGGCCUUCGCCCUCUUCGCCUCCGUCUUCCAGCUCUACUUUGGGAUCUUCAUCGUCAGUCACUGGUGUGUCAUGACCUUCUGGAUUAUUCAAGGUGAGACCGACUUCUGCAUGUCCAAGUGGGAGGAGAUCAUCUACAACAUGGUGGUGGGGAUCAUCUACAUCUUCUGCUGGUUCAACGUGAAGGAGGGUCCCAGCCGCUUCCGCAUGACGGUGUACUACUCGGUGACGCUGGCCGAGAACGUGGCGCUGACCGCCGCCUGGUACACCUACCGCGGCCCGCACACCUCCGACUCCUACGCCCUGGUGGUGGUCUGCCUGGUGGCCUGCAGCUUCGCCCUGGGGACCUUCUUCAUGCUGGUGUACUACUGCUGGCUGCACCCGGACGGGCCCGUUCUGGGCUCGCAGUGGGGGGGCUGCGUGGACGAGGGUGUGGUGGGCGCGGGAGGCGUGGCGGGAGUGAUUGACGCUUGCCUCACUCCUUCCCAGGGGUCCCAAACGGACAUGGUGAUCACCAGUCCCCCGAGGACUCUGCCCAGGACUAAAGACACGGGGGAGCCAGUUCCCGGGGAACGGGACAAGGACAGAGACAGGGACAGUUGCCUGCCCGUCUUCCAGGUGCGCCCCUCCCCAUCCUCGUCCCCGGCACUCCUCCACAGGACCUCCUCGUCGUCCCGUGCGCAGGAGGGCCCGGUGAUCCGCAUCGACCUCCCGCGGAAGCGAUACCCGGCGUGGGACGCGCACUUUAUUGACAGGCGUCUGCGCAAGACCAUCCUGCUCCUGGAGACCACGUCAGCCGUCAGCCCCCGGAUUCAGUACCGGAGCAGCAUGAUGGGCAGCAAAGAGGUGUUAGAGUACGAGACGACUGUUUAAGCCAACGGGAGCUGUGAGAGUUCAGAGUGCAGUCUGGGACCGAGGCUCCGCCUGAGACCAGGUCUCACCCCGGGACUACCUUCGCCAAGAGAAGCAUGGAAAGACGAGCGUCGGGGAGCUUUCUUGAAGACGCUGUCAAAACUUGAUUGUAAAAUGUGAAGCGCAAUCUGGGACCAGAGCAGUCCGGGAGUCAGUAGCAUGAAUGAGCCGUGGGAAGUUAAUGGAGUAACACUGAACUGGGAUAAUCUUCAUUUAUUUUUAAGAGCUUGGAAGUGAGAAAUUUAAUCUCUCAUCCUGGGACCAAGGAGCGUUAGAUCCCGUUUCAUCCUGCACGGUCUGUACAAGGAGCA